CUCGCAAUCCGACACACAACACUAUUUCGGGUCACGCAGACAUCAAGAACUGCUAUUUAUUUUAUUAAUGCUUAACAUAUGUGUGUUGUCUGUCGAAUGUGGAGCUAUACAGUUAGCCUAGAAUAUGGCAGCCACCUAGUUAACCAACAUGGUGUGUAUACAAAAGCUUCUCUUCCAUCUCUUCUCAAGCAAUGUUCAAAUGUCAAAAAAUGACAUUGCAAUGUUAUGUGUUUGUGUUCUGUGUUACACAAAGUGUGAACAAAUAAUAUGACAGUAAAGUGUGCAAAAAAUAUUGAAAAUAUUUUUAAUUUAUUGGUAAAACAUGCUGAAAACUUAAUAAGUGCCAAUCAAGAAGUGAUUGCUAAACUUUUUUUCAGAGGUCCGCGUGUAUAAAUGCCUCGACUCCAACUAUGUAGCUACAAAAAUGUUUCAUUUGGUCCGAAGAUUGUAAUCGCUAAUCUUGUUCUAAAGUCAUUAGCAACUUUUAAUUGCUAAUAUAUGUGUGUUUCCAUAUUAAAAAUUGUAUCAAUCGCUCAAAAAUGUUAUUACCAGGACUUCGUGUUGUAAGGGGACCUGACUGGAGCUGGAGUGACCAAGAUGGAGGAGAAGGAUUUGUGGGUACAGUCUGUGAAGUUGGUAGACCUGGGCCUGUUGGAUCACCUGAAAAGACAGUUGUUGUCCAAUGGGACAGUGGGGCUCGCACAAACUACAGAGUAGGAUACCUCAACAAAUAUGAUCUUAGGGUCAUUGAUAAUGCACAAAUUGGCGUGAAGAAAUCAAACAUAAUAUGCAACAGUUGCGAGAGUCAAGGCAUUUGCGGUAUGCGAUACAAAUGUUUGUUAUGCACUGACUACAACCUAUGUUACAUCUGUUAUCAUGGCGACAAACAUAACUUACAUCACCCCUUUAGGAGAUAUGACACUGCAACUUCAGUCGGAAUUGACUUACCUCCUCGCACAAAUGGUAGAAAAUGUGAACUCAAAGGAAUUUUUGCUGGAGCUAAAGUAGUUCGAGGAUUUAAUUGGGAAUGGGGUGAUCAAGAUGGUGGAGAAGGGCAAGUUGGUCGCGUCAUAGAUAUUCGAGGUUGGGACAGUGUGGGAUGCAGUAGAUCUGUGGCGAGUGUACAGUGGAUGUGUGGUUCUACCAAUAUUUAUAGAUUAGGACACAAAGGAGAAGUGGAUCUGAAGUUUGUCGAACCCGCUUCGGGAGGUUCUUAUUAUCCAGAACACCUUCCAGUUUUGGGACACGCUAUUGAAGAACACCCUCCAAAAGCUUACAGACAAGGUACUUGUCCUUUCGUAUUUGGUGAUAAAGUAAAAGUAAUGGUUACUGUAGAGGAGCUGAAAAGAAUGCAGCAAGGACAUGGAGGCUGGAAUCCAAGAAUGGCUGAGUUUAUUGACAAAGUUGGGACAGUGCAUAGAAUAACAGACAAAGGUGACAUAAGGGUGCAAUACGAGGGAUGUAACAACAGAUGGACAUUUAAUCAAGCAGCUUUGAAAAAAGUUACUAGCUUCGCUGUGGGAGAUAUCGUCACCAUGAUCACGGACUUGGAAAUGUUGAAGGAGCUGCAAAAAGAGCAUGGAGGAUGGAUUGACUUCAUGAGCAAUUCCAUCGGAAAACUAGGCAAGGUGCUAAGAGUCUACUCUGAUGGUGACUUGAGAGUGCAGUUGGAUGAUCUAGCUUGGACGUUGCAUCCUGCGUGUGUGAAACUUCUACCUGAAGGUGCUGCCGAAUUAGCAAACACUAUGCAAGCUGUGCAGAACCAAAGAAUAGAUCCACAUCUGUUAUGGUCUCCCGUCCAAGAAGACUCACGUCACGGUUCCAUCCCCUUCAACCCAGUAGCCGAUCAACUAGUCCGCUUGGCCACCCAAGGUGAACUCCAUGCCGUCCAACAGCACUUGGAGGCCCAUAAACUCCACGUGGACGCGAGAGGGCAAGGCGGUAAAACCGCCAUGCAGGUCGCGGCGCAUCAGGGGUAUGUCAACCUAGUGCGGUUGCUGUUGGACAAAGGGGCCAAUGUCAACGCGAGGGAUAACGAUGGAGAUACAUGUUUCCAUUAUGCUACAUUUGGGAAUAGGCCAGAGAUCAUGGAGUUAUUCUGCCUUCAAUCAGGCGUCGAACUGAACCUCCAAAAUCGAAGCGGAUGCACUCCUUUGCAUAUCGCAGCUCACAAAAAACCUGCAGAUUGCGCGCGCAUCCUUAUCGAUGCUGGGGCCGAUCCUAAUAAGCAGGAUUCUUAUGGAGACACACCUUUACAUGAUGCUAUUGGGAAGGAUAAUAUAGAGGUGGUAGAGAUGCUCUGCAAGGCUAGAGGCAUAGAUUUCACGAUUCGCAACAACCGAGGUUUCAACGUCCUACAUCACGCAGCUUUGAAAGGAAAAAAUGAAUCUCUGAAGAAACUCUUAGCUAUGGCUCGACAACUUGUAGAAGUUAGGAAGGAUGACGGGUUCUCCUGUCUACAUUUGGCUGCCCUCAAUGGACACAGAGACGUGGUGGACACACUUAUCACCAUUGGACAUGUGGAACUAGAUAGAAGGAAUAAUAGGAACCAAACGGCACUGCUCUUGGCUGUUAGCCAAGGACAUUGUGCCGUGAUCGAACUUCUCCUACGUUUCCACUCCGAUAUCACCGCCAAGGACGAAGACAACAACACCGCGUUGCACAUUAUCUUACUGAAACGCGGUCGUCUGUCAGGCACGUGCAUUGCGGAACACAGCCCCGCAAUCCAUGCCAUCUAUGAGCGACUGGAGAACAUUCAGGAAGACAGGCUAGCAACAGCUGUGGCAUGUUACUUGGUGCAGAUGGGCGUGGAGAUGGAUGUUGUUAAUAACAAGGGACAGACUGUGUUUCAUUUGUUGCAAAAGCAGGAGUUGGUGGACCUGUUAACCAACUACAAACCUACGAACCCCGAUAACCCUCCCACUCAAUCCACUUCCCAGGAGACCUACGGCAUCGAAGCAGUGGAUUUGACAGAGAGCGCCCGUCGACAACCUCGACAACACCGCAGUCGAGGCUUCAACAUUCGCACAAACUCAGCGGAGAAUUCGCCCAAUCACAAACCGUCAAACAGCGAUAACCAGUUGGACUGUGCGUCGAACAGACCUGUUGAAUGCAGAGUGUGUUCGGAUCUGUCAGAGGAGAAUGUCAAGUUGGAACCAUGCGGUCAUAGGCCGGCGUGCGAGGAUUGCUCCAGUAGGUUGAAAAAGUGCCUCCAGUGUGGACAGACGGUGCAGAAGAGGGUAACGAAAGAUGGCAGAGUGAUACCACCCUUAGGCCGCCAGCCAAGUGCAGAACGUAUGCGAUAUCUCGAGAGCAAGAUCGCAGAGAUUGAAGAAAGUCAUGCUUGCAGCAUAUGUAUGGAACGUAAAAGAAACGUAGUUUUUCUCUGUGGACAUGGAACAUGUUCAAGAUGUGCGGACACACUGAGGACUUGUCAUAUGUGUCGGAAGACAAUCACUAAGAAAAUACCUAUAUACUGAAGAGGUAUCUAUGAGUUUCAGAAGAAACUGGUUUGGAAAUUAACCGAAAGAAUGUAGUGAUUCAGUCAGCAGCGGUGACAUAGUGGUAGACUUUCAGUCUACUAAUCAGUCACCGUGCGCUACGUGGGUUCGAAUCCCGUCCCAAGAGAAUUUUUUUCUCUUCUGUGGAUGUUGUGAUUGUCCGUAGGUGGUAAACGGUCUUUGACUGACGAAAUACCUUUACUCGUAUAUGAAGAUGGCUUGAUGUUGGGAACUGGAAGGUAUGGCUCCUUGUUUGUAUAGAAGUAUCAUACCCCAUGACGAGACAUUGAGCAUCUGAGAAGUGACAUUUCACGUCUUAUGGGGGUGUAAACAUGUGACAUUAGAUCCUGCCAUUCAAAAUAAAUUGAAAUAGGCGUAGAAAUAUAUAUAAUUCAAUGAUCUGUCGAAAUCAGACGUUGUAUAAAGUGUUCUUUACUUGCUUUAAAACUUAUAUUGGAGCUUCUGAUACUCUUUGUACAGUUAUCGCCAUAACUCGUAAUUGAAAAAAAUGUCAAAAAUGCGGCAAAUGAGGUUUCAAUUAUUGGACAUGCAGAAAGUGAAUAAUCAUAAUUUAUAAAUACAUUGAUAUCAAUAUCAAGGAUCCCAUCAAAGAAACUUCAGUUCGGAUGUUGACCAACUAUCUGAAAUUUCUUAAAUUAUGACUACAAACGAUUUUUGUAAUUUUUCUCGUUCAUCCGUAUAGUCGGUGACAUGAGAAGAAUUACACCCAGAAAAAAUAUUUUUUCUGAAGAAAGCAAUUUCUGAGAGCUAAGUAUUACGUAUAUUUUUAGUUAUUGUCCUUUCAUUUGCUAGUGUUAAGCAUAACAAAAUGCCCCGAGUUCGAAGACGUCCAAAGUAUCACCAUGUUAGCGACUUUGACAGAGGUAGAAUUAUUGCCUAUCAAGAUGUUGGUUUGUCCUAUCGUUAAAUUGGCCGCUGCGUUAAUUGUACUGUAAUGACGGUAACGCCUGUGUGGAUAGAAGAAGGUAGAGUAACACGACGAAUGUCAACUGGUCCAUUGAGGCGUAUCACUGAGCAUCAAGAUAGGCGCUUCAGACAACUAGCCCUACGAGACCAUUUUGCCACUAUGCAUCAGAUCGCUGACCAAUGGUUUGGAGAAGGUAGACCUGUUACUAUGGGUACACUGUAGCAUCGCAUUCGAACCUUUGGACUUUUUUCAUACCGUCCACGGUUAGUGCUCCCUCUGACUGCGGACCACUGUCGUCAACGUUUGAACUGGAGCAGAGAACUGCAACAUUGGGGGCAGAAUGGCAUAAUAUCAUCUUCAGCGAUGAAUGCGAUUCUGUCCAGAUACGCACGAUGGUCGUAGAAGGGUAAGACGCCGCCGUGGAGAACGGCGUGAUAUUGGAUUUGUUGUUGAGAGGCAUGUACACAUUACUGUUGGAGUAAUGGUUUGGGGGGCUAUUUCCUAUGGUAGUCGAUCACCCCUUCUCUUUAUUCAAGGCAAUACGACUGCUGCGCGUUAUGUUGAUAAUGUCCUACAACCCACAUUACUGCCGUAUCUAGAGGGCCGUCCACACGUCCUUUUUCAGCAAUACAACGCACGUUCUCAUAUUACUCGUCGUACUACGGACUUUUUUCAAGAAGCAGGCGUUAACGUUUUGCUGUGGCCACCCCGUUCACUCGAUUUAAAUCCCAUCGAACAUGUGUGGGAUAUGGUGGGGGGGAGCCUAUCCACUUUGCAGCACCCGCCACAGACUCUGCCAGAGCUAAUCCACGAAGUUUGAGGUGCUUGGAAUGAUGUGCCACAACCAGACAUGGAUCAUCUCAUUUUGUCGAUGCCUAGACGUAUACAGAAGUGUAUUAAGCUGCGGGGUCGCACAACACAUUAAUUUUUUUCUUAUCACUUGUUCAUAAAAUUUCGUGAGAAUGUUAUCGUUUCAUUCUUGAUGUAAGACUUAUUCAUUGCCAAAAAAUCAGUUUAAGUAUUUUUUCUGGGUGUAAUACUUCGGAUGUCACUUAGCACUGAGAAUAUUAUUUUGUUGUAAAUUCUUAACAGUAUUUAUAUUGUGAGUUUAUCGAGAUUGUUAUUUUUUAUAAUAUAUAUCGUGUGGUUGUGUGUGUGAUUCCUAUUAUUUAAGUAUAUUUCGUGAUAUAUUUAUGAAAGGUAAUCAUUAAAGAGAUAUGAUAAAUCUA